ACCAAAUCCACAAUGCGUGUCGGAACGUUGUUCACAGUUUUGGCGACUCGUCUGACUCUGGGAGUUAGUUUUUUUCGACCACCCACGGAACUGGAUUCACCCCAACUGGCAACUGCUACCCACUGAUAGCUGCGGACAGGUAGCACCUGACGCUGUCGAUAUUGCCGAAUAUCCCUGGAUGGCCUACAUCGAAGAUGUUAUUUGGAAUGAUAGUAAUACAACAUCCUUCGCUUGUGGUGGUUCUAUCAUCAGCGACAAGUACAUCCUGACAGCAGCUCAUUGCUUCAUGCAUGAAGAAAUUAGCUCAGGGCAGUUUCUUAGAAAGGAAACAAAAGUUACCCUCGGAGAGCAUGCUCUGAGACACGUCAGCUACUGUCGUUACUCACCGAUGUGCCUCUCCACCUGUGAUGGCAACGGUUGA